AUGUCGGGCCAGAACAACUGGCAGGAGGAGGCGAUGCGGCGCCUGCGCCAGAUGCAGUCGCGAGGCGGCUACCCCGGCGGCCGGGGCGGCGGCCCCCAGAUGCCGAGGGGAACGGGCGGCGCCAUCAUCGGCGGCGCGCUCCUCGCCGGCGGCGCGCUGCUGCUGUCCAACUCGCUCUUCAACGUCGACGGUGGCCACCGGGCCAUCAAGUACCGGAGGAUAAGCGGCGUGAGCAAGGAGAUUUACAGCGAAGGAACGCACAUCAACAUCCCCUGGUUCGAGACGCCGAUUGUGUACGACGUUCGAGCGAAGCCGCGCAACGUGGCGUCCCUGACGGGCACCAAGGACCUGCAGAUGGUCAACAUCACCUGCCGUGUGCUCUCGCGGCCGCAGGUCGACGCCCUGCCGCAGAUCUACCGGACGCUGGGCGCCGACUACGACGAGCGCGUGCUGCCGUCCAUUGUCAACGAGGUGCUCAAGAGCGUAGUGGCGCAGUUCAACGCCAGCCAGCUCAUCACGCAGCGUGAGAACGUGGCGAGGCUGGUGCGCGAGAACCUGUCCCGCCGAGCGGCGCGGUUCAACAUUCUGCUGGACGAUGUGUCUCUGACGCAUCUUGCCUUCUCUCCAGAGUUCACGGCCGCGGUCGAGGCCAAGCAGGUGGCGCAGCAGGAUGCCCAGCGAGCCGCCUUCGUCGUAGACAAGGCACGACAGGAGAAGCAGGCUAUGGUGGUCAAGGCGCAGGGUGAGGCGCGGUCGGCCGAGCUGGUCGGCGAGGCCAUCAAGAAGAACAAGGCCUACCUGGAGCUCAAGAAGAUUGAGAACGCGCGCCUGAUUGCGCAGCAGAUGCAGGAGGCGGGCGCCAAGAACAGGCUGAUGCUGGACGCCGAGGGCCUGGGUCUCAACGUGUUUGAGACGACGUCGGAGAAGAAGUAG